AUGGCCAAUCACUCGGAGCAGAACCGCUCGUCUGCGCCUUCCCGCGCCGCCCUUGCUUGUGGUGGGACUGACUCUCUCCCUGCUCUCCUCCCCCUCAGGAACUACUACUACAUCACCAUCCUGCGGGACCCGGUGUCGCGCUACCUGAGCGAGUGGCGCCACGUGCAGCGGGGGGCCACCUGGAAGGCGUCUCUGCACGUGUGCGACGGCCGGGCGCCCACGUCCUCGGAGCUGCCCAGCUGCUACACGGGCGACGACUGGUCGGGCUGCACGCUGGAGGAGUUCAUGGGCUGCCCCCACAACCUGGCCAACAACCGCCAGGCGCGCAUGCUGGCCGACCUGAGCCUGGUGGGCUGCUACAACCUGACGGCGAUGAGCGAGGAGGCGCGCGGCCGGGUGCUGCUGGACAGCGCCAAGCGCAACCUGCAGGGCAUGGCCUUCUUCGGGCUGACGGAGUUCCAGCGCAAGACGCAGUACCUGUUCGAGCGCACCUUCCGCAUGGCCUUCAUCUCGCCCUUCACGCAGCUCAACAGCACGCGGGCCUCCGGCGUGGAGGUGGCGGCCGCCGCGCAGGCCCGCAUCCGCCGCCUCAACGGGCUGGACGUGGAGCUGUACGACUUCGCCCGCGACCUCUUCCUGCAGCGCUUCCGGUUCGCCCGGCAGCAGGAGCGGAAUGUGGCUGUGUCCGGGCAGGCCUGGUCUUGCUCCGGGAGGGGCUCUGAGCAGGAGAUGGCCAGCUCUCCGGCCGCACGGGGACGCGAUCGCAUUCCACCCACGCUGGCCUCCGCCCUGGGGGCGGUGCUCAAGAGGCAGGUCCCGGCUGACGACAGCCCCGGCAACCCCACCACACCCCCUCCCCCCCGAUCGGUAAUCGUGACGAUCAGGAAUCGGCGGGCGGCGGGGAUCAAUGGGGACCGUCCGCGCCGCCGCCGCGCGCGACGGGGCUGA